ACACGUGCUUCCCCCCCUUCCUCUCUUUAUCUCUUUACCGGUUAAAUUCCAACAACAGUCACUUUGCAGAAGCCGUCAUGGUCCGCUCUUUGUACUCCAUCGCUGCCGUGUGUCAGAACAUGGGCAUUGGGAAGGACGGGCAGCUCCCUUGGCCCCCGCUCAGGAAUGAGUAUAAGUAUUUUCAGAAAAUGACUAUGACACCUACACAAGAAGGAAAACAAAAUGUAGUGAUAAUGGGGAAGAGGACCUGGUACUCCAUUCCUGAGAAAAGUCGCCCUUUAAAAGGCAGAAUUAACAUUGUACUCAGCAAGGAAAUGAAGGAAGUUCCAAAAGGAGCCCAUUACCUGACUAGAAGUCUAGAUGAGGCACUAGACCUUCUAGAAUCAUCAGAUCUGGCAAGUAAAAUAGACUUGGUUUGGAUAGUUGGAGGCAGUUCAGUUUAUAAGGCUGGAGCAUCUGCAGAUGGGACAACCCCAUUCUCUUUAAUGGUGGCAUGUGCAGCACCAUUAAAAGAAGAAAGCUUGAGGUCCUGUGAUUUUUGGCAUAGGGGAAUGGAACCCCUGUGGAUAUGA